CUCUUUCUUGCAUCCUGGGGACGUAAUGUCCCUGUGAUUGUUAAAGGCCUCACUAACAUCCAGGGAUCUUGGCAUCCUGAUGUGUUCAUUCAAGAAUGUGGCAGUGAACAGGUGACGCCUAUUGACUGUGCCACUGACUGUGACGUGGAGGCUCCAUGCACAAUUGCUGAGUACUUCCAUGCUUUCAAGGAAGGUCAGUUUGAGAGCCCACGUAAACUCAAGGAUUGGCCUCCAGCAGAUCAUUUCCAGACAAAGCUCCCUCAGUUCCAUGAGAGCUUCGGACUUGCGGUUCCACAAGGUGCUUGUGAUGUGGCUUUGCUGUCCGGUGUACAAAACCUUGCCAUUUGGUACCCUCUGAAUGGCAAUCCGCCGGAUCUAGGCCCAAAAAUGUACAUUGCGACCGGCGAUCCUCAUAACUCCUACGGCACGACAAAACUACACCUGGACGUCACCGAUGCAGUCAAUAUCCUCACCUACGCCCCCAAUCCCUCUGAACCUGCAGCACUCUGGCAUCUCUUCCCUCCAGAGAGUCUUUCUCGUCUCCGACAGUACCUGCUAGAUGAUGGUCACUGGUCAGCAGCACAAGGGGACCCUAUACACUGUCAAAAGACUUAUAUCAGUGAGGAUAUGUGUAAGGCCCUGCAAUCACGGUAUGGGGUUCAGGCAGUUAGGAUUGAGCAACAUCUCUCCGAUGCUGUUUUCAUCCCAGCCGGAUGGGCUCAUCAGGUACUUAACGUCCAGAACGCGAUCAAAAUUGCCUGCGACUUUGUGUCCAUUCAAAACCUUGGCGUCACCGUUAGCCUCAUGGCUGAACAGCGGGCACAUCGCAUCCAGAGUGGCGGACAUGGUCAAGAUGUCUUGCAGCUUAGCACGCUCAUGUGGCACACGUGGCGAGCCCUGACGACUUUCCCUCAGUCGUUAUUGUCGUCGACAACAAAAAUUAGGGACAGCGAUGAUCGGGUGGGGAAUGGUCCACAGCUUAAGGAUUAA